AGGUCAGGUGUGCCUCCUCAUCGGGUUUGUUCGACUUCUAACCUCAGGAUCAUGGACUGGCAUCGGUGAAAUCGCGACAGCGUUGACCAACGCCGCCAUGAUAAUGGCAACAUUGCCCUUCACGUGCAGCUAAUAAUGUCCUUAUUGGCCACUGCGAUACUGCUAUUUACUACCGGUUUUGCAGGUUCGAUGCCUGUCGGUGGCCUGACGAGCAAUGGGUACGGCAACAGCGCAACGAGCGAAAGCAUCAGCGUCAGCGCAAGCAGCAACGGCCACGCUGGACACGCCCGAGGAGCUGGCAACGGCGCAAACGACAACGCGAGCACCGAACAGCACAGGAGCGGUCCGGGGAUCCCCGAGAACAUCACCAUCACAUUUCUGUCACCGACGUCAGUUCGAGUGUCGUGGGCCACGUCAACUGUCACCAGCGCUGACAAGUAUGACGUCACGUACAAGCCUACGGAUGCCAGGGUGGUGGCGGUGGUAGCAGGCAACUCGGACGCCGUGACCUUGAGCGGCUUGAAAGCGGACACGCAGUACCAACUGACAGUGGCCGCUGUCUGGGCGGGGAAAAAGUACCGCAGCAGACCAAUCGUCUUCCGAACACUUGGUAAGCACCUAUUUAAAAUAGAAACCACUUUUUCAUGUAGCGCUGUGGCAUUAGAAAGACGCGGAUCUGGUCAGAACCAUUAG